AUGUCUAAGCAAACCAUGCAGGUUAACAACAGUGAAAGGAAAGCCUUCUUUGUUGGAGGCGGAAUCGGCUCUCUCUCAGGUGCUUUCUUCCUCAUCAGAGAUGCAAAGUUCAAACCAGAGAAUAUCACGAUCUACGAAGCACUCAAAGUUAAUGGAGGCUCAAUGGAUGGCUGUGGUAACGCAGAAACAGGAUACGUCAUCCGCGGCGGAAGAAUGUUUAAUCUUCCAACAUACGAAUGCUUACAAGAUCUCCUCAAGGAUAUCAAGUCAGUACACAAUCCAGAGAUGAGUGCAUACGACGAACUCCACCAGUUCACACACGAGUACAAGACACACAGCAACGCUCGUGUCGUUGAUCACAACAGGAUGAAAUACGACGUCAAGUCUAUGGGAUUCGACAUGAAUGAUAGACUUUCUCUCCUCAAGCUCUGUGGAACAGAUGAAGACAAGCUCGGCGACAGCAAGAUCACAGAACACUUCGCUCCACACUUCUUCACAACAAACUUCUGGUACAUGUGGGCAACAACAUUCGCAUUCCAGCCUUGGCACAGUGCAGCAGAGUUCAGAAGAUAUCUCCUUAGAUUCAUGCACGAAUUCGUCCGCAUCGAGACACUCGAAGGUGUUGCACGCAGCGAACUUAACCAGUACGACAGUGUCAUCCUUCCUCUCGAGAAAGAUCUUCGCGCUAAGGGUGUCGUCUUCAAGAACGAGUACAGAGUUACAGACAUUGAUGUUGACUUUGACAAAGCAACAGACAAGAAAGUUGCUAAGUCAAUCACAAUCACAGACAAAGACGGCAAAGAAGAGAAAGUCAAUCUUCGCGAGGAAGACAUCGUCAUUGUCCAGAACGGCUCAAUGACAGAUGCAGCAUCCGUCGGUACACACACAGAACCAGCUAAGAUGCUCACAAAGGAAGACGGCACAUCAUGGCAACUCUGGAAGAAGCUCUCAACAAUCUCUAAAGACUUUGGUGAUCCAGAACCAUUCUUCGGCUGUGCACCAGAGAGUGUUUGGGAGUCAUUCACAGUCACAAUCAACAACGACACAUCUUUCUUUGAUCAGGAGAUCAAGUGGUCAGGAAAUGAACCAGGCACAGGCGCUCUCGUCACAUUCAAGGACAGCAACUGGCUCAUGUCAAUCGUCGUUGCAAAGCAACCACACUUCCUCAACCAACCUUCAACAGUUCAAGUCUUCUGGGGAUACGGUCUCUUCCCAGACAGAGUCGGAAACUUCGUCCACAAGAGAAUGCUUGACUGCACAGGAGAAGAGAUUCUUGAAGAACUCAUCGGACACUUUAGAUUCGACAAGAGCACAAUCAAGAACGCAAUCUGCCGCCCAUGCAUCAUGCCAUUCAUCACAGCACAGUUCAUGUGCAGACACCGCAAUGACAGACCUCUCCCAGUUCCAAAGGGUUGCGUCAACAUCGGAUUCACAUCUCAGUUCAUCGAGAUUCCAGAUGAUGUCGUCUUCACAGUCGAAUACUCAGUCCGUGCAUCACAGAUGGCGAUCUACCAGCUCUGCGGCGUCAAGGAUAGAAAGAUCCCUCGCGUCCACCACUAUGAGCGCAGACCUUCAUUCAUGAUCAAAGCAUUCGCUAAGUCAUUCAGCCACACAGCUUGGUCACGCGCUUUCUUCGCAACUCUCUCGGGUGCUGCAGUAGCUGCUGCUGGUUACGCUAUCGCAGUUGCAACACACGCAUUAUAA